UACAUUGUGCAACUUUGCAAAACCAAAAACUUAGACUAAUCCCUAGCUAUCUGUAUCGACUCAGACAGACACUGCCGCCGCCGGCGUCGAACUUCACCGUCGACCAGAAGCACAGGGUUCUUGAAGCAUUGCAUGGUGUGAAUGUGAUGUUGUUGGACGAGAGUAAAUUUGAUGUACAAUUGAAAUUGUGGGCCCUUAGGAUACCUUGCCAGCACUGCAGGGCUGCCACUCGGAUCCUCAAUGGUUACUUGCUGGAUAAGCCCCGAGUUAAACCCAUUACAGAGGACCCAACAUGUGAUAAAAACCGGUACCUUAUACUCUCCGAAAAAGUUCACAAUCAAGGGUUAUCUGAUAUUCCGAAGCAAAAGCUUGAUGAGCUUAAGGGCUUGUGUGAGAUUGAAGUUCUUCCCUAUUCGUUGACACUAGGCUAUUCAUAUUGGAAUGCAGAUCAUGUGCUGAAGCAGAUUCUGCCUACCGGAGUGGAAGUGCCUUCAUCUUUUGAAACAAUAGGUCAAAUUGCCCAUUUAAACCUACAUGAUGAGUUACUUCCCUACAAGGAUGUUAUUGCAAAGGUUAUCUAUGAUAAAAAUUAUCCAAGAAUCAAAACUAUUGUUAAUAAAGUUGGAAGCAUUACAAAUGAAUUUCGUGUGCCAGAAUUCGAAAUUUUAGCUGGAGAGCAUAAUAUGGUUACAGAAGUGAAGCAAUAUGGCGCCACUUUUAAGCUUGACUAUAGUUUGGUUUACUGGAAUUCCAGAUUGGAACAUGAACACAAAAGGUUAGUUUCAAUGUUCCAAAUGGGAGAGAUCAUUUGUGACAUGUUUGCUGGUAUAGGUCCUUUUGCCAUUCCUGCAGCACAAAAGGGGUGCAUUGUCUAUGCAAAUGAUUUAAAUCCAGAUAGCAUUCACUAUCUUAAGGUUAAUGCUAAAAUCAACAAGGUUGAUGAUCGCAUUCAUGCAUACAACAUGGAUGCUAGAAAGUUCGUCUCCCAGCUGAUGGAACAGCCAAAUUCUGAUAGUAAGUUAGAAUAUGUUGUUCCCAUUUCAGAUAGUUGUCACCCAUGCAAGAUACAAGACAAUACUGAAUCAAAUUCAGAAAAUGAGUUGCUAACUGUUGACUCAAAAAAACCAGGAGACUGCAAUAACAGUAGUUUAGAGGAUGUACAAGGUUCAGCAGAGCAUGCUGCUGCAUCUGUAAUUGCUCUUAAAAGAUCUUGUGAUUCUCAUGAAGGGAAUGGAAAGGCUCAUGGCACGGGCAUCCUUGAAGAUGGUGGGAAAAAAGGAAGCACAAACAAGAGGAGGAAAGCCUCUGAAAUCACUGACACAAAACCUUGGGAACAUAUUGACCACGUAAUAAUGAAUCUACCAGCAUCUGCUGUUCAGUUUCUAGAUGCAUUCAGGGGAUUAAUCCAGAAGAAAAAUUGGAAAGGAUGUCUACCAUGGAUCCACUGCUAUUGCUUCAUUAGGGCAACUGAAACUCCUGAGUCUUUACUAGCUGAGGCAGAAUCUCGUAUAAAUGCUCGUAUACUAGACCCAAUAUUUCAUAGGGUUAGGGAUGUUGCUCCAAACAAGGCAAUGUUUUGUUUAAGUUUCAGGUUGCCAGUAGCAUGUGUUAGUGAAGAUAGUCAAUAACACUGUCCUUGGUGAUUCUGGUGGCUUGAAAUUAGCUUCUUUUAUUUUACUACCCCUUAGUUUUCAGGGUUUGACGGGGCCAUGCCUGUGCUUGGACGGAUUAAAUGCCAAUAUUGUAUCUGACUCAAAGAUAAGCACUGUGAAAACGUUAAAAAUUAGCUAAGGCUACAGGCCUUGUUCUUUGAAGCUUCGAAGGGAAUUCGUUGCUCUUGAGAUGUAUGUAUUGUAUUCCGAUGCUUGAAAUGAAAUAUUUGAAUCUAGUUAUGUUUCAAACCAGAAAA